AUGGGGGGGAGGCUGUCAUUUUUAGGGAGGGUGGGGCCUCAGUGGAGCCUGAAGGGAAGUGGGGCUCCUGGCUCCCCAGGGCCUGGCCCACUCAAUGCCUCUCACUUUCCCCCGCAUGGGUGCAGUCAGGGGGUCUGCUCCAAGCAGACGCUGGUGGUCCCACUCCGUUACAACGAGUCCUACAGCCAACCCGUAUAUAAGCCCUACUUGACUCUCUGCUCUGGAAGGCGUGUCUGCAGCACCUACAGGACCACGUACCAUGUGGCUUGGCGGGAGGUAAGGAGGGAGGUGCAGCAGACCCACGCCGUGUGCUGCCAGGGCUGGAAAAAGCGGCAUCCCGGGGCGCUCACCUGUGACGAAGGUGAGGCUGGGUCUUCCCAGGCCUCGGGGGAGGUGCGCCCGGCCGGGCUGGAGAGCCAGGCCUUCCGCUCGGUUCUGAACCCCGCUUCCUGCGCCCGCAGCCAUCUGCGCCAAGCCCUGCCAGAACGGAGGCGUCUGCGUCCGGCCGGACCAGUGCGAGUGCGCCCCGGGCUGGGGUGGGAAGCACUGUCACGUGGGGCUGGCGUCACUCUCUGCUCGCACGGAUGCCUCAAUACAGCAGGCAGCUUCACCUGUGGCUGCCCCCAGGGCCUGGUGCUGGGCCCGGACGGGCGCACUUGCGGAGAAGGGGCCCCAGAGCCCCCAACCAGUGCCAGCAUCCUCAGCGUGGCCGUUCGGGAGGCUGGACACGACGAGCGUGCCCUGAGGCGGGAGAUUCGCGAGCUGCGAGGGCGCCUGGAGCGGCUGGAGCAGUGGGCCAGUCAGGCUGGAGCCUGGGUCCGAGCAGUGCUGCCCAUGCCCCCAGAAGAGCUGCAGCCCGAACAGGUGGCAGAGCUGUGGGGCCGAGGCGACAGGAUUGAGUCUCUCAGUGACCAGGUUCUGCUGCUGGAGGAGAGGCUAGGUGCCUGUGAGUCCCCAUGCCCCUCUCUGUGGGGACCCCCAUCUCCCAACAGCUGCCCCCAGCUCUUCCAGACACCUUUUCCCAACUCAGUUUUCUCUUGUCCAAAAUCUCUUCUCCUCCACUCACUCACCCCAUACCUUCCCCAGAUUCCCGCACUUUACCACCCCUUCUCCUGGUCUGUCUCCAACUUGGUGGUUCCACUUAUUGGUGAGCGAGACUGUCAAUCCUUCAGUGUCCAGGGCCCACUCCAGGCGUCCAAGAAGUCCACAGUCAAUGUGUCUGCCUGUCUCCUUGUCAUUAACCAGGCUCCUGCGAGGACAACAGCCUGGGCCCAGGCCUCAAUCGGCGGAGCUAAGGAGCCCCUGCAGAGCCCCUGCCCCACUAAUUUAUACAGAAACUGGACCCACUAAUCCUCUGGGAUUGGCCGGCUGGGGAGCUGCAGAUAAGGCUAUCUGCCACUAAGGAGCAAUGAACAAUGGAAACUUUGGAAAGCUGAAGAAAGGAGGAAGGCGGGUUGUCUUGGCCUGCCCCUGAGUCUUCCGGCUGGGGCAGGGGCCUGGAGGAGAACUGCUUUUUUAACUCCUUAACAAAUGCAGCCAGAAAGUGCCCAGAUCUCUCUCAAUCUUUAUUCUCGGUUUCUUGCUGUUAUCCAGAUAAUUAAUAAAAAUCAACCACGCAAAA